CUUGAAGGACGGGCUCCGAAGCGGCGUGGAGGCUCCUCGCCGCUAGCGCCGCACAUAGGACGCGGCUGCCACGCCAGACGGAACGACAGCAGAGGGUGCCUAAAUUUACGAUGAAGGCUGCUUUGUAUCUUGCCGUGUGCUUCGCUUGCUGCGUGUUGGGCACAGAAAGUCUUAGUUGCGUUGAACGAGGUCAAGGCUGCACUCCAGAGAAAAUAGCUGAACUGCAAUGCCCAUUUGAAACUGUAGUCAAUGAGUGUAAUGACUGUGAGUGCGCCAAGGGCCCGGGAGAGGAGUGCGGCGGUCCGUGGGAUACCAUGGGCCAGUGUGCCUCGGGUCUGACGUGCACGAAGGACGAUUUCCAUUCCCCAGGAUGGUGCGUCUAAGCUGACGCUGAAGAAGAGGAGAAGGAGAAAGAAAUACUGGACAGGAAAAAGGAAUGUUACGGACAAGUUGAAUCCCCGAGGAAACUGGGAAAAUAAAAGGAAAAGAAGAUAAGGGGAUGAAAAUUGAAUCAAGAUCAUAAUAAUGAGAAGAAAGGAUGGUUGGAUGAAUGCCAGAGACAGUUGGGUCCUCAGCAAUACUGCCUUGUGCUUUUUUCUCUGAAUUGAAUUGUAAAAUUUAA